CGACGGGCCGGGGGUCGGGAGGAAGGGCUCGGCUGGGGGCCCCGCGUGCGCCCCCGCGGAGGGGUCGGGAGCCGCGAUGGGAAAGAAGCGGGAGGCGGCUCCCCUUCCCGGGGCCCGGCCUGCGUCCCCCGGCGCUGCCUCUGCACUCCUGCUGCCUCAGUUUCUCUUUUGAACGUCGCCUUCCCGUUGCGUUUGCGCAGCUUUUAGCCUCCCCGAGCGCGGCCGGAGCCGGAGGAGGGAGCGAGGCUGUUCCCUUUAACCCGGUCGGAAAACGGAGACCCUGUCUGUCGGACUGUAGGUAGAAGAGGUGGCCUGGAACCCAGCGCUGAGGGUGCUCUGCAGCCCAGGGUCAGCGGCUCCCACCGAGGGGCCCGGGAUGGUGGAGACCAAGGACGUGCGGCAGCUGCGGCAGCUCAGCCUGGAGCUCCUGAGGCAGCUGCGGGCCGGGCAGGAGGCCGUGCGGCGCUCGGUGGCCAAGGCAGCCUCCGCGUCGAGCCUGGACUCCAGCAGCAGCUACGACUCAGAGACGCCACCCUCUCAGGAGAUGUCCUCAAUGGCCUCGAGAGCCUCCUGUCCACAGGAUGCCCAGCAAGGUGACCCCUGUGAUAUGUCCUGGCCCGGCGGGGCCAGCUCUUGGGGGAGCUCUCCCCCACCCACCAAAUGCCGACACCAGGAGUCCCUGGGGCCACUGAGGCCCCACUCGGCACCCUUGCCGGCCUCCUCAGACUCGAAUGACCCAGAGCUGUCGGCAGAGCUGGACAGUCUACUCCAGGAGGCACAGGCCAUGAGGUCCGCCCCGGAUCAACAAAGCAAGCUGCCCAAGCCGAGAGUGAUCUUCAAGAAGGAGUCUCCAGUACCUGAGAGGAUCUGGCGCCUCCGACCGUACCUGGGUUACGACUGGAUUGCAGGGUCUCUGGACAACAGCUCUCCCGUCACCAGCAAGUCCGAGGCCUUCUUCUCUAAGCUGCAGAAGUUCCGGGAAGCCAACCAGGAGGAGUGUGUUUGCAGCGACCCCGAACCCCAGAUCCUGGGCCUGCGCGAGGGCGGUGGCGUCAAGGGAGACCAUGAAUGCGUCUACUGUUACCGGGUCAACCGGCGCCUGUUCCUGGUGCCUUCAGAUCCCGGCACCCCCUGCCGCCUGUGCAGGACACCACGGGACCAGCGGGGCCCUGAGACCCUGGCGGAGCCAGCGCAGGUCAGGGUGAGCGUCCCACUGUCCGUCCUGGACCCCCCACACCAGUACCGUAUCCACCGGCGGAAGAGUUUUGACGCCUCCGACACGCUGGCCCUGCCCCGGAUUCGGAGCCUGAGGCAGAGGGGACGUGACUUGUCCAAGCACUGCCUGCUGGGCUGGGACAUUCUCCCGCCAAAGCCCGAGAAAAGCUCAGCCCUCAAGAGCCUGGAUCUCUGGUCCUGUGUCUCUGCCAAGGCCCAGCACCGGAAGCUGUCAGCCACCAGCCCCUCCCGCCUGGUAGGGUCCAGGCUGCCCCGGGAGGGACAGAGGCCUUGGAGCAGGCCUGCGGACUGCAGAGUCCCCGGGAGCAGGAUUGGGGGGAGUACUGCAGAGCCUGAAAGUGUCUCUCCACAGGGGCCCAUCCCCCCAGCCCUGACCCCAAGCAUCCUUCCAGGGCCUACUACUCCCCGCCAGCUACUGCAUCCCCCCCAGGAAGGCCCUGCCCACGCGGGUCCCACCUGCCACCCCGAUCUGGUCAGAACCCCAGGUCCCCUGACCCUGCGCCCCCCGGCUGAAGCCCUGAGGACUGGCCACUUGGAAGAGGACAGUGCCUCUGUCAUCGUCUCUAGCCUCUCCCCUAUGGCAGGGGCGCCCAGCCCGGCCUCAGCUGGAGUGGACUCCGGCCCCACCUCCUAGGCUGGGCAGGUGGCUGAGCCCAGGUCUGGCUCUUUCCUAGUGACAGAGAUGGGGGAUUCUGGGCUGGGGGGUGAGGGGAUUCUGUGACAUGUUUGUAAAUAAAGCUUGGCGCUCUCUCCAGCUCCAGGUUCCCACGUGUGCUGGGUCUGUCCUGCUGAUGCCCUCGGUGCCCAGGAGGUGCCCCGGCCUCAGCCUGCCCUCCCCUCACCUGGGGAAAGACACUUCUGACAACCUGUGCUGGGCGGGGUGGCUCCAGUGGCCUGUGUGUGGCUCUUUGUGCAGCUCCCAACUCUGGGUAGGGCCCGAGACAGGCCAAGGCCAGUGUUAAACAACUGUCUCAGCGAGGGGCUCAGGGGCUCAGGCCGUCCCCUGUGGGUGAGGCCGAGGCCGUGGAUGCUGGGAGGGAGGGAGCUUCUUCCCCCUUCUUGGUCCCUGAAACCAGGGUCCAUUGCUAGAGGGGCUCUCUUGAAGUCCCUGGGCCAGGUGGCUCCUCCACGCCCCUCUGUAGCCCAGCCCUAGAAGUCAUGGGGGUCUGGAGCUGCAGCAGGGACCAAUGGGGAAACUGAGGACCAGGCAGUGAGUCAGAGGCAAGGUUGGCAGAGAGCCCAGAUCUCCCCUGCUGGAUUAAUAAGCAGUGCCUGUCCCCCCGCCCCACACCCCGCCACACACCCCGCCACACACACACUCACCCGCCGGGUUAAACAAUAUGAAAUUCCUGUUUUCCUGGUAUAAAAAUGGGGUAGAUGAGGAACCAAAGCCCAGAGAGGGCAUGAGCUUUUUCUACGGUGUCUCAGCUCGGAGGGGCGGAAGUAGGGCUGUGGGCUGUGGCUGUCACCUGGAGCUUAUGAGCUGUGAAAAUCUUUCUCCUCCCGUGUUCACAGCACAUGUAUUAGUCAGGAUAAGUGAGGUUGUGCUGCAGUCACAAAUUAACCCCCAAAUCUCGGUGGUUUGACAUAAAGACUUUCUUUCUCACUGACUUGCUCACUACCUGUCCAUUGUGGGUCACAUGGGGUCUCUGCUUUUUUUUUUUUU